AUGACCACAGAAGAGGAGCAUGCCUACAUGCAGAAGCUGGCCAGCGAAUAUGAGCCCGAGGCCACCGGUCCGCUCGUCGGCGAGCGCCAGAGCAGCGCUGCCAUCACCACCCAGUAUGCCAACGCCGAUGAAGUCUAUAGAAUCAAGACGGCCGCCCUGCCCGGCAAGUACGCCUACUUCCGCACCUGCCGCGGCGACGGCCACUGCGGAUGGCGAGCUAUUGCCUUUACGUACUUUGAAGCCCUGGUGCGCGUCGGCGACGGCCAAAGGUUCACAGAUGAAGAAGGCCGCCUCAUCUCCAUGGGCAACCUGCUCGACAACAUUGGCUACUCACGCGACAUCUGGAUUGACUUUGCUGAUGAGGCCUUUGAGCUGCUGCGCAAGCUCGGCCACUCGGUCGACGCCAUGGAUGGCGCUGCCGCCGACAUCUUGCUCCAAGCUUUCAACGACAUGAAUGUCUCCCUGGCCAUCAUCACUUACUUCAAGCUCCUUGCCAGCGCCUGGGUCCAGAACCAUGCAGAGGACUACAGACACUUUGUCCCGAUGGGCGAUGUCAAGGCAUACUGCGCCAACAACAUCGAGCCAGCACAGUGUGAGGCUGACAACAUCGGUAUCGCUGCUCUCGCCGAUGCACUUGUCAAGCCCGCUGGCUUCGGCCUUGAGGUCUGGUACCUUGACCGCUCCCCAGGCGAGGAGAUCAACCGCAGCUACUACGCAGAGCCUACGCUGCCAGGCUCCCCCAUGCUGAGGUUGCUUUACAGGCCUGGCCACUACGACAUCCUCUACAAAGCCGAAGAUGUCCCCUCGCCUAUUCAUCACCAGGCUGUCGCCCCUCAAGCACCACUUCAGGUCAACUUCACCAACUACGCAGAUGACUAUCUGCCCCAAGCCUCCAAUUUUGGCGACGUUAUGAGUAUGAUCCCUGGCAUGGGCCGUCAAGGCCUGGGAGGAUGGGCAUCACUCUCAUACGACUGCAAUCCGAGCCCUGCAUCGCAGUCUCAGGCUACGCCUAUCUCGCCUUUCCCAAGCGCAUCAAUGUCUGCGCCUCCAAUCACGAGCUCGCUAGACUUCGUCACAUCCAUCCACAGUACUCAAGCGCCUCAGUACAGCGCGCCACGCCAUCACAGCAUACAGCUUGACCAGCCUCCGAUCACGCUUCCGAUGCAUCCCGCACCACCGCCUCCACCACCUGUCAGCGUGGAGAGGACUGUGCCUUUGGCUGUUGAAAGUGGCGGGCCCUUCCGGCCGUCGAUGUAUCAGCUGGAGCCAGGAUUUGGAUUCUCAAAUCAAGCGCAGCCAUUCCAGACUUCCAUAUUCCGCAACUCACAUUUCAAUACGGCGCACUUUUUGAAUCCUGACUUCCAACCCGAGGAAUGGUGUCCGGAUGGAGAGUAUGCGACAGGCAACAAAGGCCGUCACAAGCAUCCGUCCUAG